AUGGCCACUGAAAAUGAACAUCAGGAUGUUGAAUCCCAACAAUCCUUCAACAAAUUUUCUGAAAAUUUGAGCUCCGUCAAUAAUUCUCCCAAAACCGGUGGUUACCCUUGGAGAACCACCAUCUUCUUAGGUUUUUCCAGUCUUGGCGCCAUUUACGGGGACAUUGGGACCUCACCACUUUAUGUGUACGCGUCCAUUUUCCCCGACGGCACCCCAUCUAGACCCGACAUUAUCGGUGCCUGCUCUUGUAUCUUUUGGUUGUUUUUCUUGAUUGUCAUCGUCAAGUACUGUCUUAUUGUUCUCUAUUUUGGCCCCAAUAAUAAUGAGGGUGGCCAAAUUGCCAUUUAUGCCAAAAUUGCUUCUCAUUUGUCAAUUGGCCCAAAGGGAGUGAUGAUAAAUGAAGAACAGAAAGACUUGUUAACUUUCACAAGAAGCGAAACUCUUGAUAGGUCUGGUGCUGCUACUGGAAAAGAUAGCAGCUCUAAGAGAAGGAAAUUCAGGUUGCUUAAAGAUGGUCGCUACAAUAAAACUUUGGUCAAUAAGUACUUAGCAAAAUUCAUCAUGGGUUUAUGCUUUCUUGGUUGUGGUUUAGUUAUUAGCGAUGGCUUAUUGACCCCUACUACUUCGGUUCUUUCUGCAGUGGACGGUAUAUCAGUUGCUGCUCCUUCUUUUAGCAACAAAGUUUUGCCAGUUUCCUGUGUUAUUUUGGUAAUUCUCUUUUUAAUCCAAGGAGCUGGAUCAGGGAAAAUAUCCUUAUUUUUUGCACCUAUUAUUCUCAUUUGGCUAAUCUUGUUAUUUGUUUGCGGUGUUAUUAACAUUGUGAAGUAUGAUAAAGCUGUUUUUAAAGCAUUGAAUCCAGCGGAGGCGAUCCAAUUCCUCCAAAGACAAGGAGAUAUUGAUAAAUUUGGCGCGGUGAUUUUGGCCAUCACUGGUACUGAGGCAAUGUUUGCCGACAUUGGUCAUUUUUCAAGAUUCUCAAUCCAAUUAACCCUUGGCUUUGUGGUAUUUCCUUGCCUUAUCAUUCAAUACCUUGGCCAAGCCGCCUAUUUGUUGCAAAGCCCUGAAAGUAUUUCUAUGGCUUUCUAUUUAGCUAUACCUGGUGGUACCGGCGGCCCUUUGUAUUGGAUUGUGUUUGUAUUUGCUACUCUUGCCACCAUUAUUGCCAGCCAGGCCUUGAUUUUGGGAGUCUUCUCUAUUCUCAAACAAUUGAUUCACUUGGAUUGUUUUCCAAACUUCCGAAUUGUCCAUACCUCAUCAAAACAUGUUGGGAAAAUAUACAUUCCGACGGUUAACUAUAUUCUCAUGAUUGCUGUGGUGUUGACUUGUGUCGGUUUCAAGACUUCUGCUAAUGUUACUUCUGCAUAUGGACUCGGAGUGGCUAUGGAUUUUGUAGUGACCACUUUCUUGAUCACAAUUUGUUUACUUUAUGUUUAUAAAGUCAACUUGAUUUUAGCCGUAUUAUUUUUUUUGAUAUUUGGAUCAUUGGAAAUGUGUUUGGUAAUAUCUGGUUUGAGGAAAGUGGUGCAUGGAGCUUGGUUCACUUUGAUGGUGGCGGUGCUCAUGACUUCGUUUAUUACAUUUUGGAGAUGGGCUCGAAGCUUGAAGAUUGAUCAAGAAUACAAAGAUCGUUCCAAGGUUCAAAAUAUAUUGGUAUCUGCAUGGAAAAAUGAUACCAUCAACGCUCCAGAUGCUGUUUCUGGAAAGCAGAAAAUAACAUUUCAGCUUGAUUAUGAUGCUCUGAGAAAUGCUUCUUCAGAACCUCCUGAAGGGAAUAUUAGUUCAAAAAGAUCAUAUGACUUAAGCUCUGAAGAGGAGAAAAAAGAGGAACAGUGUAAUUUUAGAAGAAAGGAGAGCGAAUGUGAUUAUAUUGAUCCAUAUUACAAGAUCAAAUAUCAAGACAACAGUUAUGAUUUCCUUCGUUACAAUGCCAUUGGAAUUAUGUACACUGACAUUAUACAUAUUCUUAAUCUGUCCUCCACGGUUCCAAAGCUUUAUGAACAUCUUCUUUCUUCUUUCCCUGCCUGCCCCAGAUCAUUUAUUUUUUUGUCAAUUAGAAUUGCUUCUGUUCCAUACAUUACUACUGAAGAUCAUAUUGUUGUGCAAAAAAUUAAAGCCGUUAAGAAAGCUGGGUUAUAUCGCUGCGUGGUCAAGUAUGGUUUUAUGGAUAAGGUCCGGAUCAACGAUAAUACAAUACAAGCAAUUUUAAAGAUGAUUGAGCUUGACAAUUUGGACGAAGAGAAUUUCGGCGGAAAAUACAAAAUGGUUGAUAAUAUUGAAGAAGGCCAAGAAUAUGUUUCAAUGUCUCUUCUGAAAGCAGAAAGCAGAGGGCCUAUGGAAGAUGUCAGAGUUCUUCAUGUGGUUGAAAAAAGCUUGAUCACUUCUAAAGAAUUUCAGAAAGGACUUUAUGGUGAUGAUGCCUGGGCAAUGAAGAAAUUGUUGUACCAAAUAACUUCUAAACUCAGAAAAAUUGUUCUUGAGCAGAUUUUUGUUCCAAUUAAUAAUUUGUUUGGUGGGGUUGAAAAGUCCCUUGAAUUAGGGGACAAUGACCAAUUGAUUUUUGUGGGGAGUAAUGUGAAGAUCUGA